GACCACCGCCACCACCCCCCCAGCGUUAAAAAGCCCCGCGUCUGUCUGCGGAGUUCCCACAGACCGCAGUGCGCAGCGAGGCGCCCUUCACGCACCCCCCUCCUCCAUAUCCCCACGCGGGCGAGCGAGUGAGCGAGCGCCUCUCAGUUUUUUGGGGGGGGGAAUACAAUCAUAAAGCGCGCUUCUUGUAAAGUGACCCAGGCGGUGAUAGCGACGGGCGUGCGCGUUGAGGAAACUGACGCCGGGAGCUUUGGGGAGGAACGCUCGACUCUUAGCCGACCGUCGCCGACAAGAAGUCCACCCAAGUCGAGGGAAGGCCGAGACAGAACGAGUUAAACGACGACGACGCCGCGCAACAAGGACGAGCGAGUGAACUGGGGAGAGCAGAAGGAGGAGGAGGAAGGCUUGGACGAAAACAAGAAACCCCGAGCGACUCGGCACGUGUGCGGUGCCGGGGGUGGACACAAGACUCGGAGUGGGGGGGGUGGGUGGCCCCGUCCAUCGUUUUGCCAAAGACCCGAGUGAGAGGGUCACCAAAAGCCGUCGUCUACGCGGUGGUCAUUCGCCUCCAGCGUGGGUGAGGUGAGCGAGAGGACACACGCCGGGGGGUGGGGGGGUUGUGCCGUGGCGACCAUGAGCCAAGCGGAGGUGCCCUCCUGCUCCUCAUCCUCGUACCAGCACAUCUUCCAAGAGGCGGUGAGUCGAGGCGACACCAGCAAGCUCCAGGCCUUGCUGCAGGACGCCACGGCCGGCGAGCAGUUCAACGUGAACUCGUUUUUCGGCCCCGAGGGUCAGACGGCGCUGCAUCGCUCGGUUAUCGCGGGCAACCUGGAGCUCGUGAAGCUCCUCGUGCAGUUCGGGGCCGACCCCAGGCUCGCCACGCGGGACGGCUGGAGCGCGCUGCACAUCGCCGCCUUCGGAGGCCACCAGGACAUCGUCCUGUACCUCAUCAACAGCGGCACGCGGCGACGGUAGCGAGGGGAGAGGGAGGGAGGGGGAGAAAGCCGUCUUCCUUCCGACCUCCUCGUCCUGUCGGUGCCCACCGCUCGUCGUUGUCUGGACAGGGCGGGGGGUGGUGGUGGAGCGACCCCCUUCAAGCGCUGCUGCUGCUGUCAUGUGGACAUCAACCCCGCGACUGGCGACUGAGCAGCAGCACCAGCAGCAUCAUCGGUGGCGGAGGCAGUAAGCGAGCUUAGCACUACGAUAAGCUGAGCACCACGACCAACAAGGCACCACCACCAUCUCAUCAUCAUCGUCGUCUCACCCUGGACAAUUUCAUUCGAGCGCCGAGCUUUCGUUUCAACGCGUGUUGUUCUGUUGUUUGUGUUGUUGAAGUUCGGCCCUGUCUUCCCCACCACCCCUGGCUGCCAAACUGAAGUUGAAGCCGGGCAGCAGGAAGAAGGGCAAGGUAGCGGACCCACACCUGGGUAGGGGUGGUAUCGAAGCGUGGUCGGGCCCGUCUCCCGUAAGAGGCCUAUUAUUACAAGGAAGGGGCCAGCAGCUGCAGCCGAGAGAGAAUGUGCGAGGUGUAUCUCUCCGUCCGUUACACACGGCCAGCAGCGUCCUGCAAGACGGCGAUACAGCCAAGCUGUCAGUCGUCUGGGGGCCGCGGGGGGCCUUCGUGAACCGCCGCUACCAACCACCAAAAAAAAAUACCCCGGCGGCUCAUCGGUGACAGUGGCGAUGGUGGUGCUCGCAUUUGAGAUUUAUUUAAAAACGUGGUUAAUGAGUCUCGGCCACGAUGCGCCGAUGAAAGUUGGUUGGACUUCCUCCGGUUGGCGAAUAACGAUUUGUUUUCUGUUUGUUUAGACCUGUUUUUGUUUUUCCGAUAUCUUUUGUUUUUUUUUAAAGCGGACCAGCCUCAUCCCCUGCACGCUAUCUUGGAAAAUCUGCACGACCACAUCCUUCACAAGUGGAUGUAUAGAUGGACGCGAUAGAAUUAUCCUGGGUCGGAAUUUUAGACGCGACUCUUGGACACAUGCGCGGACCAAUUGCGCCACCUCUGAGAGAGAGUCCUCUUGCCUGCAACGCAGAUAACACAAAUAGGUGUUUAGCCUUUUAACUAUUUAAAACAAAAAGUAACCUUUUCCUCCAUCCCAAAAGUGUCAACGGAUGGGACUUUGUAAUGCGUCGGCAGUUUUGACAUUUCGCGAGCAUCUCUUUCCGAGCCGAUUUCCCAACAUCUCCCCAAUUUUCCCUAUUCUCCCCCCUUCCAAAAAAACCCCCUUACGAUAGCUGCUAUUUGUGUGCGAAAACUUAACAGAAAGACUGGCCUUAAAAACACGAUCACUCUACCUCGACCCGCGUAUGGUUGUGAUAAGGAAUUGACUGGGCAGUGUGUAUGUACAAUGCUUAUACAAAGUGACCAAGUCACGGAUGGGUGUUUGUGUGCACAGACACAAUAUGUUGAUUGACAUUGACUAAAUCUCAAGUCGCGGAGGUGGUGGCGGGGGGGGGCACCUGAUGUUUUGGUAUUUUUUUUACAUUUGUCCACUAAUAACAGAAAAUUUAAUGUCAAACGAAAGUCUAAAACCUUUAAAACGCGCAACUUUGAAUGCAGUAUUUUAAUUCAGCGCAUAAUCAAAUGUAGGUUCUACCUUUCAUUAUUUUUUGUGUUGUUCACACGGUAAAUAAACAUCCGUAACAUAUCUACAGCGUGCCGAAGAAUGUGUGUGUGUGCGUGCGUGUGAACGCCCGUGUGUUGCGGUGUUCAGGUCCAUGCAGCACCGUUUUUACCGGAUUAUAAGACGCACUUUUCCUCCCCCCUGUAUUUUAAAAACGAAACUUGAGGGAUGUGUCUUAUAACCCGGCAGGUGUGUGUUUAAGUGUGUGUGACCAUAUUUGCAGAACUUUCUAUUCACACCCGGGCACGUGGUUUUUUUUGGUGCGUCUUGAUUACUUUCCGGAGAAUUUGGCAGAACACAUCUGGGUUCAUCAGUCCAGUGGACAGUGGGUUGUUUUUUUAAAAUAAAGUAACCGUAACCGUUUUUUUGCAAUACAGCAAAAAAAUCAAUGAGUUGCGGCAUUUUUGUGAAAUGCUCCUUAUAGGAAAGGAUAAUUACUGUCCCGUGCCACCCCUGAUUUAGUGCCCCCGUUUGAGUGAGCUCGCACGUGAUGGUUUAAUUUUUUUUACACACACUGCACACAUUGAUUUUCGUCCUGUAGAUGCGAGAUGCAGGAUUUGCAAACCUGACGAAAUUGCCGUGGUUAAUGUCUCGUUGUCAUUGAUGCUGAUUGAUGUUUGCAGCGAGCACGUACCUUAUAACACAUUGGAUAGGACUUGUUUAUUUUGUUUUCCAAUGCAAAGAAGUGUAUAGAAUUAUAGAGCAUUAUUAAAAAAACACAAAGAAAUGCGCUUUAAGCGUUGGUGCAUGUGUGCCGUAUCUUUUUUUUUACGCAAUGCAAAAACAAAUAAUGUGCAAAUUGCUGUAAAAGAACAACCGUAUAAUACAUUCAAUUACUGUCAUAUUGCCGUUAAAACACAGACACAAGUCCCAACUGUUAUGGACAUUGCUGUUACCACACCGACAGUGUAUGUUUUACUUGCGUAUUGUAUAAUGCUAUACUGUGUAUCGCUUAUUGUACGACACCUUGAGUAUAUUACAUACCGUACUUAUACGUCAAUUGUGUACCGGGCUGCGUGCAGAUUUUGUGAGCACACGAAACAACCACAACCCCUGAAGUUUCACAAAAGUUUCACGCGCAGUUCGUUGAAUGUGCAAAAUGUGUCAUUUUUUUGUAUAUGAAAGGGAUGCUUUACUUUUUUUGCGUGUGUGGAAAAGGGAGAGAUGGGAAAGAACCGCCGACUCCCCCCCCCCCCCGUACGGAAUUAUAUUGAAACCUGAGACUCGUUAAAGUGUUUCAUUUAUAUAUAUAAAAGGUGAUUUGAGAGAGAGGAGAGAAAAAACAGUAAAGUUGACGCAACGUUGCACUGACAAGUUGAGCGGUGGUGCUUGAUUACGGGAGCAGAUUUUGUGUGCGUGUGUGUAUCUUGUGUGUGUGUAUAUAUACAUUGUACCAUCAUAGUUACGCGGCCCUAACUCGUGUUUGCGUAGAGAAGAGAGGGGAGCCUUGACGGACGGCUAUACGGGCAAAUAAAAAAAGUUGCCUUCCAAAAACAACAACACAUGCUUGAACAUGGGAGGUUUUUUGUUAUUUAAGAAAAAAGAGUAGUGCGUGUAUCGUUUUCACAUCCAAGAAUGCGGUGUCACGAGUAUAGUUUAGCCAAAGGCAAUGACUGUGCUGCUUUGAGUUCGCAUGGGGUUCAGUCGGUGCGUGGUGCACAAAGCCGCCUCCCCGUAUCAUACGGGGUGAUCCAUUUACAGAGACCCCACAAAAACAUCAACCCUACUUUUCGUCCGAUAGAGGAAGACGCGGAGCCAACUUGCCUUACCACCCCCCCCCCCCCCGGCUGAUUUUACCGUACGAAUUUAAUCUGUGAACACUCUGCGAGAUUACGGAGACGUCGCUUUCAGGGCGUUCAAUCGCCCGUUUAAAAAUAAAGAUGGGGUGGGGGGUGGUCAUUAGAAUGACGUGGGGGAUAUCUUUAAAUGGAUCGCCAUGUCUAUCCACGAAGGGUGCACUUGGCAGAAUUGUCUGCACACGUAAACACACACAAGGUAUAGGAACAAAACAAUCGGCCACGAGUAUGCGUAGAAUGUACAGGCACAGCCCAUCUUUGUCAAUCCACUGCUGGAUUAGGGCCUUCCCCGUGCCAGAAUGAAUGCCUGGAGGGUUGUUUGAUCAUACUUACCGAGAGCGGGUGGUCAUAGACGUCAGAGCGUCGUUCAGGACAAUGGAUGUUGUUGCACUAAGCAUGGCUGGAAAAAGUAGACCCACAGGAGACUUAGAACGCCUGUUUCAUGCAUAGUGGCCACCCUUCAAAGCAUUAUCUCGGGUCAACCUUGCUUAGCUUUAAAUAUCAUACGUAACAUACAUCGACGAAGUGGUGGCAUACUCUAUACCACCUUUCAAAUACAUUUUACAUAGUUUAAUAGCAAUACUUAGAUAAAUGCAAGCUAUAGUCUUUUGAGAACUUGCCCAUUUUCAAAGCAAUAAGGGAAAUAGAUCUGUGAAUGGGCCGUUAACCGAAACGUUGGCGUGUUUUACACUGUGUCAAGGUAGUGAUUCGGCGUCGAUGGCAGUGGCAAUGUAUGUCUUUCAACCAUAUGCCAAGGCGGUUCCUUGAGUUUUAAUCGAGGUUGAAAAGAACAUAUAUAGCAUUACGCUGAAAGCCUAUACGUUUAAGUAAUGGUCACGUGUAUAGUUUCACACUUAGCGGACUUCACGUCCAAUAAAAAUCACGUAACCUUUAAAUGCGGCUGCAUUCCCACCAAACAAAAACACGUUUCUCAAUUGCACAGUGCGCACAAUCAAUUCCCCCCCCCCCCCCCCCCCCCGAAGGAAGGCGUGCUCACAAUCGCGUUUUCAUCGUGUGCACCAUGGCGAGGUCUCGAUCUUUAGAAAGCAAAAGAUGAAAUUACGCGCUAAUGUUCAGGAAAGGCAUUAAAGAACCGUACCCCUAACAUUUAUAUAUUUAAAAAGCUAAUUGUGAGUCCGGUGUAACCCUUUCUCCGGUCAUUACUGUUUCGGGGAAAACGUAAUUACGGUAACUAAUUGUCGGUUCAGCAGAACUAGUUUCCAUUCACAUUCAAUUAAGGGAACGCAUAAUUACGGGAGUAUUAAGCUACACUCUUGUUUAACGCUACCUGCAGGUGCACUAUUCUAUCAGCCAACCAGCCAGGCUCACAGUCCGUACCGAUGAUGCCCAUGCACGCUUACUACGUGUAAUGCACCGUACACUAAAGCACGUGGCUGGCACGUCCGCGUGUGUACACCUCGAUAUAUUAGACACCCGCUUUGGUAGGCAGGUAGGAAGGCAGUAAGCACACGUGUAGCAUUUGGUCCAACUUAGUAUAGAGUGGAGGCGAAUAUCAAGGCAACUCAAGGUAAUUCAUGAAUUGGCAGUCCAAGCCACGGAGUUGCACAAUUAACGAUUUCUUUUGUUGAGAGGUACUGACUGCAGUUUGACACUGCGUGCCAACUCCAGUGUGUGUAUAUAUCCUGAUCAAUUGCCAGCGUGAAGGCCACGAGCUAAUACGUAAAAUUGCCUUGGGGAGAGGGAAGCCCUUCCUUCCCGUGUAGCCCUAUGCAAGAAGUAAGCGUGGCACGGGAGCGAUGUGGAAGGAACUUCCCUUUGAAAAUUUCACUCGCCCAUGCUGCGCACAUUGAUAAUAAUGGACAAUGCGUUAUUUGUGAACACAAUGCAGCAUUGCCUCUUAGACGGGCAAAUGAUCGUGCACAUCUUAAGACGUUUUAAAUAUCGCUGAGAUUUGAGCGUUGACGUCAAACGAGUCGACAUUUCAACGAAGUAUGUAUGUUGAACUUCUUUCGCACCGUACGUAGCCAACCGCGAUAAUGGGAAUAAUAACAACGCACACAGAUGCGAGCACAAUCAUUCAUUCACAAACUCGUGAGUGAUUUGAGUCUUCUCAUUUCGUUAUUGGGGGGGGGGGGGGG